CAACUUGAACCCUGCAGGAAUUUCCGCCAACUUAGACGCAUUACGUGCUUCUCAUGGCACGAUCACUACGUUGGAGUUGUCGACUCGUCCUUGGCGCUUAGUGCUUGUUGAUUCGAAAGAUUAUCAUCCUCGGCAAAGAUGAAGCUGUCACCGUCAAUAGUACAGAUGAAGGCGGUAACAAGCGUUGUGCAGGGAAUUGCACUCGGGCUCACAGUUUUUCGUGUCUGUUUCCGGCUACACACAAAAAGAUUCUGGUGGGAGGACGCAUGGGCUGCCUUUGCCGGAUUGUGCGGUGCAGUGCAUCUGAUUAAUUCUUGGGUCCACCUGCUCUCUCUUCAAGGAACGACAUGUACAGUUACUUUUUGGGUGACAUCGUUCACGUUCACCUGCAUAAAUUGGUCUGCACGCAUGAGCAUACUGUUUGCCAUCACACGGGUUGCGCGGCCCACGCAGCGGCUUUUUCACUUGUCCUUGGGUUUCGCGAUUCUCUUCUUCCUGAUGUGGGGAGGGUUUAUUGUGCAAAAGGCGUGGAAUUUCAGAUCGAAUCGUAGAUGGUAUCAUAUGACAUGUCCUUCCUGCCGUAUUGACCGUUUGAUGGCAGCCUACGAAGUCGCAACCGGCUGCAUCGCUGAUACUAUUAUGGUGACCUUUUCCCUCAGAUUGCUCUGGAACGUCAACCUGCCGAUUCGACAGCGUCGAAUGAUUCUUGCGACAUUUUCAUCUAGCAUUAUCAUGUCGCUGUUUUGCCUGUUCCAUGCAAUUGCCCACUUUCUAUUAGUUACAGAAGUCGAAACGAUUGCAGUGAAUUUGGAGGCAUCGUCUUCCCUGAUAGUUUGUAACCUGCUAGUGGUUGUGACUUAUGCAUACCGGGUACUUAACCGCAAACCUGAUGAUCCGGAAGAUGACGACUAUAGCAGUCCAAUUUCAGGUGCCCCGUCAUCACAACGGCUCACUACCAUUACCUUCGGCGCAGUUGCUGAGACUUCCGCUUCGGGUUGGCACCUGAAUUCACCAGCAGGCUUCGUCUCAGAUUGUGUAUAGAGGAUACGAAACCUAUUGUGAUCCAAUAGUAUGGUUUAUCGCAUUGUGAUGCUUCGUCGUUGGUCUCAA